AUGGCAGACACACGACAGAAGCCUGACGACAUGGACGACGACGAGUGGGAGAUGCUGAAGGUCAUGGGAUUCGGAGGGUUCAAAAGCACAAAGAAUACAAAGGUUCCGGGCAACGAUAAGAAUUUUGGGGUGAGAAAGGACAAGCAGUUGCAGGCUAGGCAGUAUAUGAACAGACAGGGUGGAUUCAACAGGCCAUUGAGUCCCAGUCGGAUGUAG